AUGACAACCAAGGCCACAAACAUCACCUUCCACGCCAGCGCCUUGACGCGCAGCGAACGUAGCGAAGUCCGCAACCAACGCGGUCUCACGAUUUGGCUCACUGGUCUCUCCGCCUCGGGCAAGUCCACCAUUGCCGUCGAGCUCGAGCACCAGCUCCUCCGAGACCGGGGCGUCCACGCCUAUCGUCUCGACGGUGACAACGUUCGCUUCGGGCUUAAUAAGGAUCUCGGCUUCAGCGAGAAGGACCGCACCGAGAAUAUCCGUCGCAUCGCAGAGGUCGCCAAGCUCUUCGCCGACAGCGCCUCCAUCGCCAUCACAUCGUUCAUCUCGCCCAACCGUGCAGACCGUGAUACCGCGCGCCAACUGCAUCAAGUUCCCACCCCGGGCGAGGAGACUGGUUUGCCCUUCGUUGAGGUCUUCGUUGAUGUCCCCAUUGCGGUUGCCGAGGAGCGUGACCCCAAGGGUCUUUAUAAGUUGGCUAGGCAGGGUAAGAUUCCGGAAUUCACCGGUAUCAGUGCGCCUUAUGAGAAGCCUGAGAAGCCCGAGGUGCAUAUUCAUAACCAUGAUUUGCCAGUCCAGGAUGCUGUGAAGCAGAUUGUGGAUUACUUGGAUGCCCAGGGUUACUUGCCUCCUAAGAAGGAGUAG